GGAAUUGAAAUCGGAGCGAGCUAGGAAGGGCUGGAAGCUCCGAAAUGGCGAGUUCGCCGACCUCUGUGAUCGAUGCGCUUUUCAAUGUCGCCAGCUUCGUCAUCAACCAAGGUGUGUUACAAUUCAGAGUGCAUGGAGUUGAAAUCGGCCAGGAAGGUCUGCAGGCUCCGAAAUGGCGAGUACGUCGAGUUCUGUGAUCGAUGCGCUUCUGUUUAUGAGGAAGGAAAAUUCUGUGAGACUUUCCACUUGAGUUCUACUGGUUGGAGGUGUUGUGAGACUUGUGGGAAGCAAGUUCAUUGUGGAUGUAUUGUUUCAAGUCAUGCAUUUACAUUGUUGGAUCCUGGAGGCAUUGAAUGCAUGACGUGUGCAAGGAAAAAUGUCCCUUGGUCAAAUCCAGCAUGGCCAACAUCUCUGUGUUUUCAUUCACCUUUACAAGAGAGACUCAAAGACCUAUCUGUCAAAAAUUGGAAUCAGUUGGCUGGAUCAGGUCCUGUACCAUGGCGGCAGGCACCGAGUUUGUUUAAUUCUUCUAUACCUGCAUCAGAACAGUCAAGAUUUCCCUAUGAAGUUGACAUAUCAGGUGGCAUUAACAAACUUAAUGCCAAUGAUAGAUUAUCUGCCUCUCCCUUAGAAAAAAAGAAAAUUGAGGAUCUUUCUGAAAGAUUAAUAAAUGGAAACUUGAAACUUGGUGCACGGGAAAUAUUCGACAAUGGGAAUGCAGGCAUUAAGUCUGAAGAAAACCACAGUUCAUGUUUAUCUCAACAGUCUUCCUCCUUAAAGGAGGAUCCAUCUACCCCACAAUUUGGUUUGACUGCACCUCAUGCAUCCCCAAAUGAAACAAAUGCCCAAAUCGGGGUUCGCAAUGGAAGGCCUCGAGUGGAUGCACGAGGAAGAAGUCUCUUACUUCCUCGGUACUGGCCCAGGUUUACUGAUCAAGAGCUACAGCAAAUAUCUGGAGAUUCAAAUUCUGUGAUCACUCCUUUGUUUGAGAAAAUGUUAAGUCAUAGUGAUGCUGGGCGGAUUGGGCGUUUAGUGCUUCCAAAAAAGUGUGCAGAGGCCUACUUUCCACCAAUUUCUCAGCCUGAAGGACUACCUCUUAAAGUCCAGGAUGCAAAAGGCAAGGAAUGGAUAUUUCAGUUCCGCUUCUGGCCCAAUAAUAAUAGCAGAAUGUAUGUUUUGGAGGGUGUUACCCCUUGCAUACAGUCCAUGCAAUUGCAAGCAGGAGAUAUAGUAACAUUUAGUCGAUUAGAGCCAGAAGGAAAAUUGGUUAUGGGAUUCAGAAAGGCUUCAAAUGCUCCACCAUCUGAUCAGGACCAUGACUCUAAUAAGACUAUGAAUGGAGUUUCUACCCAUGGAGAUGCUGAAUUGGCUGAUCCUAGUUCAUGGUCAAAAGUUGAUAAGUCAGGAUACAUAGCAAAAGAAGUACUAGGAGCCAAAUCAUCAAUCUCUAGGAAGAAAAAGAACAGCACCUUGCGUGCAAAGAGCAAGCGCGUAAGAAUUGAAAAUGAGGACCUGAUACAGCUGAAGAUAACAUGGGAAGAAGCUCAAGUAUUACUCCGCCCCCCUCCUAACCAUCUUCCUAGUGUAGUGGUGAUUGAAGGCUUUGAGUUUGAGGAGUAUGAGGAUGCACCAAUACUUGGGAAGCCAACCAUUUUUGCUGCCAACAAUUUGGGUGAAAAGAUUCAGUGGAUUCAAUGUGAAGACUGUUUUAAGUGGCGCAAAUUGCCAGCAAAUGCACUUCUUCCGUCAAAGUGGACCUGUUCUGAUAACUCAUGGGACCCAGAAAGAUCCGUGUGUUCUGCAGCACAAGAAUUGACAGCAGAGCAGCUUGAAGAUUUGCUACCUCACUGCAAUUUAGGUGCUACCAGGAAAAUGAAGGCUACUAAACGGGACCCAGAUAAUGUUGAAGCUCUGGAGGGGCUUGACACUCUUGCGAACCUAGCUAUCUUGGGAGAGGGUGAGACGCUCCCAGCAUCAUCCCAAGCAACAACAAAACACCCCCGACAUAGACCUGGCUGCUCGUGCAUUGUGUGCAUUCAGCCCCCUAGUGGGAAGGGCCCAAAACAUAAGCAGUCUUGCACCUGUAAUGUCUGCCAGACAGUGAAGCGCCGUUUCCGCACCCUAAUGAUGCGCCGUGAGAAGAAACAAUCAGAGAAAGAAGCUGAAACAAUUCGCAAAAAGCAGCAUCAGCAGCAGCCACGGCAGCUGCCAGUGCCUGAGAAAUUGCAGGAUGAUGAUUCCCUGCUAUAUAAUAAUACAGGAAAUAGUAGUCCGAAGCAGAUCAGAGAGAUCAAUGAGGUUUCUGAUGAUGAACCUAACAAGAUGAAGUCGUCUUCUUCGCCUUUUAAAGGUCAAAUUGAUCUGAAUAUUCAGCCGGAGCGGGAGGAAGAGCUAUCACCUGGUUCUGAUUCUGGCAGCAUGAUGAAGUUGCUACAAGAUGCUACUGAGAGGUAUCUCAAACAGCAGAGAUUAUCAAGCUCUGGUGGAAAUUCAUCAGCCAAUCAGUCACAUCCAAGUGGAGAUGUAGCAGGGGGAGAAAAGCUCGCUAAUAUUAUCAACCUUGGAAGCAAUCAUUCUGAUGCUGAUGAAGACCUCGGUAACUUUAUCAUAAAAGCAUCAGCAUCCACUCCGGCCACCGGAUAGAUUAACUUCUACAUGUAUACAUUUUGAUCAACAGCUAUGUGGGGACUGUUGGUAUUGAUUAGGGCAGUUUCUGUUGUACAUCCCAUAUUGGCUUCAUGCAUCUUCAGGUCUGUACAUAAAGAAGAGGAGUAGGGAGUGGUCACAUGGUUGAAAAACCAAUUAGGUGCUUUGAUGUCCUCUCUACAGUAAUAUAAAUUGACACCAAAAUGUUCAAGUAGGGAGAUAAUAUAUAAUUGCAACUGAAGUGGGUACUAGGUUGAAGCUAUAUAGUUUCUUUUUAGUAGCUCACCUUGCUACCCUCAUCCAGAAACAUUGAGGAUGUAAUUUUACUGUGUUUUUUCGGCCCAGUAUAAAAGAAAUUGCUUUUUUGGUAAAAUUAA